AUGCAACCCAUUGCGCAUGCCCCAUCCGGAGCGUUGCAGAUAGCCAGGCGUUUCGUUAGUCUGCUCCAUCACGUUCAUGCCAAAGAGUUCUUGUCUCCAGAAGAGCACGCACAUGUCCUGAGGGCAUUGUUUGUGCUCGGUCAGAUAUCUCGGUUUGGCGCUGACGCUCUGGAAGACUCGGGGGAAGAUGACAUUUCUCCGGCAUCACUCUUAUGUUUAUUCCGCCACUUCCUUCGCCGGUCGGGUGGUUCUGAGUUCAACAUUAAACGAAUUGCACUGCAAGCAUGCGGAUAUAUAUUUGUCUCUCGCCCGCGUUUGAUGCUAUCUCCUGACAAUGACUUCGGCAAGGCUUCAAUGGAUGGGAUCAUGUGUGCGGCUCUUAGCCGUUCUUCUGAAAGUGGCAUCAAAGAACAGGUACUACAGAAUCUAGCAGAAUUUUUCCGCGAGGAAGAAAAUAAACUGUUGGUACCCACGAGAGAUGAAGCUGUCCAAGAUGUUUACUCAGGAAAAGUGGAAACGGAAAUCAUAUCAAAGGCCAACACCCCAAAGAUCACGCCGCAUGGUGAUCAACGGCUCUGUCCAGGUCAUCAUAGCCAGACUCAAGAGCACGACCGUAUAUUGCUUCAGGGGCGUUUUCAAAUAGUAAAUGGUGAACGCGAAAGUAACCUCUCAAAUGGUUUAGCCCAGCGAUACUGGCCUCAUAUUCUCCAACUUUGCGUCGAUUCAGAUGCAUCCGUCAGGCUGCAGGCACUACACCUCGUGGAGGUUGUAUUGCGUCAAGGCCUUGUACACCCAAUGUCAUGCUUUCCGCAUCUCAUAGCCCUACAGGCAGAUCCCAACAAUAACAUCCAGAAGCUUGCUUUGCAAAUGCUAAGGCAUCAAAGGGGCAGAUAUCCCGAUUUCUUCGACAAUCAAUUAAGUGCCGGGAUGCAAAUGAUGUUCGAAUUUUGUCGAAGGCUGCUGCAUGCACUCAGACGGGCAAAUGACGAUAACCAGACAUGCUCUGACCAAGAGGCGAUAAAAGUGGCGAACGCAGAUGACGUGAGCCGUGGUUGUGCAAAUAUAUACAAGCUACUGCAUCAAAAUCGCAAUUCCCGUCUGAAGUUUAUUCAUGCAAUACUCCGUCGAUUUGAGGGUGCUGCAUCAAGAUCAGAGAUUCCAUACUUGUGUUUUCUUGCAAAUGUUGUUUCAUUGCUGCCAUACACCACAAACGACGAAGUCAUGUAUGUCGUCUUCCACCUCAAUCGAAUAGUUUCGCUUCGCGCAGCAAUUCUUCACGACGCACUUCGCAGACAUCUUGAAGAAUUUGGUCGUCUUGCAGCGGGAAAAAUAACAAAAGUCGAUGAUUCAGCGCGCCGAGAUGUUGAACUUUCAACUAUUCUGUCGUUGAUCUUAGUGCUAAAGCAGUAUUUCGUGAGAUAUUUUGAGCUUACUGAUUCACGGAUUCAUGCAUACAAACCUUCGCAACCAUUGAAAACAAGUGAAAUUCUUCGAUGCAACAGAGUGAAUGAUCAUCUGGACGUUUCUUGGGUCGAUCCAACGGCGGGAAAUGAUCUUUCAGGUAGCAUUCGACAGGCAAAUAUAUUUUUUGCGCUCAUGAAUGAAAAUGCAGACCAUCAGCCGAGCCUACAGUGCGUGAAUAGAUCCGAACAAGUUGAGACGGUCGACUAUGAAGACGUUGGUCGAAAAACCAACAGUGAGGGCCAACUUCUGCUGCUUGAAUGAACGAUUUCAAAUGAUGGAAAGUCAUCUCAACAAAUGAUAGCGCCGGGCGUGCAGAGGAUGCCAAUACCGAGUGAAAACGGCAUACUCUUGGAAGAAAACUGUGCCGUGGGAUGAAUCCACAGAUGUUAGAAGAUAAAAUGAAAGGGUGAAAAUGGCGAAAUUCGAUUUUACCUUGGUAUAUGUUUUGUGUGGCUACGUGAACCGCCGCCCAUUUCCCCCAGGAAAUUUUUCAUGCAUCAUCCAUCGAGAAAGAUCCGUAUAUUGUGUCCACUCCUAGGUAUCCAGGUGCCUUCGAAGCAAACAGUUAGUUCAAACUGAGCAAUUAAAGAUUUUCGAUCAUCUU